AUGUCAUUUAUGAGCGAAAAAGGCGAGAUGGCUGUACCUCACCGAUUACUUAUCGUUGGUGCGGGACUCACAGGGUCAGUGUCAGCAGCAUUACUCCGACGAAAAUUCCCGAAAGAGCUCUUAGACAUCACCGUCUGGGAAAAAUCUCGGGGAGCCGGGGGGAGAAUGAACACAAAUAGAUUUCCAGGCGAUUCGAAAGGCUUGUCUUCCGUUGACCUUGGAGCACAGUACAUUUCAGCUACAUCGGAGUAUUAUUUAAAAUCUCACGAUAGGUAAGUGUAAAUUCCUUCUGAAUUAUAUUUCUCCAUCAUACAUAAAAAUGGUACGAUGCGAACCUUACCUUAUUUAGCUUAUCCCGCGGCAUUACAUAAUACUAAAAUUAAGAAUGCAAAGGUUAUUGACGUCUGGGAUAGAGCCCAACGGAUUUAGGGGCAAAUUUCCCUCUUAGGUUAAACCAGAAUUUUCCUUGUCUCCUAUGAAACAAAGGAAAUUCUGAAUUUAACUAGGCUGAAUAUUGGUUUAACCUGAGAGCGAAUUUUAUGUAGGAAAAAAAAAUGCACUAAAUUUAUUUUUUGUAGAAUUUUAUGUAGAAAAAAAAUGCACUAAAUUUAUUAUUUGAGUGUCAGAGUAUUUAGCACGAAAGUACAAACUGGGGACACUAUUUUUACGUCUCCAACUAGAGAUGGGACUGCCAUUAUAAAUGGUCAUGUGAGCUACACAAAGAUCUAGCUGCUUGCAGUGCAAAGGGAGUACCUUCAUUUCUCAGUUAUUUUACAGUGCUACACGCCUUACCGUUGCCACUCGAAGAAAGUUUUUGAUAAAAUUUUGACAUCUUUUUGACAGCUUUCUGAUAUCAGAUGGCCAAUCAGAAUACGCGGAGUCUCCGCAGAGUCUCCAUUGGAGAGACUUGACAGUGACAAUUUGCUGGCGGUUUAAGCCGUGCGAAAUUUUCAAUUCUUUUUAAGAAUGCCACAGCUAGCGUUUUAAUGAAUAAUCUGUUUUCUGAUUUGCUUUUGAAAUUUUCCAUCUAAACAUUGACUGAGAAUGAAUGAAAGUUUACAUGUCCGUGGCACAUUUAUUCAGUUCUGCAGCUGAAGUUCAGUUUAAAUACGACAAUUUAAGUAUCAAAGACAGUCGUUUGGGUUCUAAACUUCUAAACCACUAAGUUCAUCGCCAGGUACUUGGAUUUUACAAGCCAAACUUCCCUCGCCUGAUUUUGCAAGGGCACGCAGAGUCAACUUCGUUAGCUUGAUUAAAUAUUUUCUUGUAGUCAUGGUCUUUCACUUCUUUCACUGUAUUAAGAAGCAUUUGCAAGAAUGCCAAAAGAAAAUCUGCUUGACAAACAUUCACCAUAUCGCCAUCCUCGUCACAGCAGUCACGGUAGCUAAGUGUAAUCUUAUCUUCGUCAAGGAGAGCCAAAGAAGAACAAUACUUUUUAAUGCUACUUACAAAACCAUUGUAUGAGACAUUUUCUAGGAGAAAACCUGAAAAAAAACGUUCCAAAAUCGUUCUCUUGUUGUGAGACCUGUAAAAUCCAAAGGGAGUGAAUGGACUUGUAAUUUGACAUCUCUGCCCUUGGCAGUUCUCAUGUUCUGAUUGGCUGGCUGAAGUUAGCAAAAGGCUGUCAAAAAGAAUGAUGUCAAAAUUUAAUCAAAAACAUUCUUCGAGUGGUAACGGUAAGGAGCGUAGCACUGUAAGACCCUGAGUUACUAUUGGUCCAGCCCCAGGAAUCAAGCCCGCGACCUCCCGCUCUGCAGUCUAGGGGCUCUACAGACUGAGCUAAAAUUAUUAAGUUGUAACAAUCAGGCAAAUAAAUGCCAUUAUCUCUCAUCAUCAAACGUGUAGCUUGUGAAUACAGCUUCCAGGUGUCUGUGUUUUGGCCCAAAACAUUCUGUACUUAUGGCAUAAAUCUGUUCAGAAUCUGGUCAACAGCUCUGAACUGUUAAUUUAGUGCCCACCAGAUGACUCCCAAUAACUGGAACCAAAAUCAAUUUCCCCCAGAUUUCCUUCAUACAUUUUCUGUAUUAUACUCUCUGUAACUCAAACCCUCGAUAACUCACUCCUCCCGCUAACUGGAAGCAAUUUUUGUUUCCCUUCUGUAGAGGCUUGUGUGGCCGAGCAGUUUAACACCUCAAACUCCCAAUCUGGAGGUCCAGGGUUGAAGCCUCACCUGUCACAUUGUUUCCUUAGACAAUUAGCUUUGCUCCACUUUGUCUCUCUUCAUCCAGGUGUAUAAAUAGGUACCGGCAACAUACUGCUGGGGGCUAACCCUGCGAUGGACUAGCAUCCCAUCCAGGGGAAGUAGCAGUACUCCUAGGCAUGCUUCUUGCUAAGGAAACCGGGAUAAGCUAUGGCCAUUUGUGCCUUUGGCUUCCGCAGGCCUUUUCCUUUUUUUUUACCUUCAGAUCAUUUUUAUACAAUUUUACCCAUGAUAACUCGAUCCAUGUUUCAAGUACAUGACGAGUUGCAAAAAUAAGUGUACUGAAGUCUGUCAGAAACACUGAAUUUAUUUCAAAACAAACAUGACAAUUCUUUGUCCUUACUUGUAUGUCACUCCAGCUCAAAUUGAGUGUCUGUCAUUGUAUAUUAAUCAAGCUUUGUUGCUUAAUUCCUUUUUUAAAAUAUCAAUCUUUAACUCUUGCUACCCUAGAAGUAAAGUAUGUAUGAUACUUGAAUCUCCUCCCCAUCUAUUGCUUAUUUUCUUUUUUUGGGUUAUUUGCUUCAAACUCCCAAUAACUCGAACUUUUUUUUUUGCCCAGAAGGUUCGAGUUAUCAGGAGUCGACUGUAGUAGUAUUGUAUUCUUUCAGCAAUAGUUUAUGAAUGACAAACCAAAUCAACGGGAGCAGAUCUAAAAGAUUCAGAAGCGGGGGGGGGGGGGGGAGGGGGCACUAACCAGCAAUAUAGAUGUUGUGGUUUAAAUUUUUUCCUUGGUUUAAAAUUUUUCAAACCAGUUUAAUUUUUGUUUUUCUUUGUCUCCGAUUAUGGUAAUUGAUUUUAGACAAAGGAAAGUAAAAAUUAAACUGGUUUGAAAAAUUUUAAACCAAGGAAAAAUUUGAACCACAACAUAGAUACAAUUUUUUGAUGACGUAAAUUAAUAUUUACGUAAUAGGGUAGUCAUGGGGUUUCAAAUGUAAAUUAUUGUCAAGUUUUGAGUUCUGUGAACAAGCAGAAGCAAAACUCACAUGCUUCUUCUGAGAAAGGAUAUAAUAUUUCGCAAAUAUUGACUGUAUUAUAGAUUCAUCACAUUUGCAAUAAUGAUAAAUUCUGGACAGAUUUUAUGUCAUCAAUACCAUAAACCUCCGAUUAUAAGCCCUUCAUAAGGGGGCUUGUUUUUAGAGGGGAUGGGGGCUAAAAAAGUGUCUCAAAACAUGCUACGUAGCAGUGCUGUUGAAAAUGCUUUUUGAAUUUGAUUGCUAAACUUCAAAACGUUGUUGAAGUCAAAUCCAUUUCAAGCUGGAGUGGGGCUUAUAUUUUUUGGGGGGGGAGGGGGAGGGGAGGAGGGGUGAUAACUGGAUGAAUUUUUUUAUCAGCAGGUAGAUAGACCUAUAAAUGGGGGGCUCAUAAUCAGAAGUUUACAGUAUGGCAUUUCUAUCGUUAAAGCACAGACAUCUCCCACAAAACAACCCUAGCAGCCAGGAGCAAGUCCCAAGGGACAGCUGAAUUUGCAGAGAAACAGUCAAAACCUUUCAAAAAGUCUCUGUCGCUUAGGGUAUUGUAUGACUUGUGGCUGAUUUGUGUGAAAACAUUUGCCAAUUCCUGUUGUUUAAUUUGUGCUGUUUAGAUUCUACCAGGAAUUAUUAUCUGCCAAGGUGUUGGUGCCAUUCAAAGGAAUUAUUGAAGGUGAAAAAGAAGCAGCCAAACAUAACUUCACCAACUUUGUUGCACCCUCAGGAAUAAACAGUAUAGUCAAGCAUUUUCUUCACUCUUCAGGUGAGGCAUGUCCCUAUUUCUUUGCACUUGGGUUAGACGUGUCCCUCUUUCUGUACCCUUUUUGUACUUUUCAAAGGCAUCUCUCUUUCUGUCUUUAGGUGAGGUGUAUCUCAAUAUCUGUAACAUUAAGGUAAAAUUUGUUUCUCCUUUUGCACCCUUCAGAUUAGCCAGAAUUUUUGCCAUUACCUCUUGGGUGUGUAAUUUAAAAUGAAGGCUGAAAAUCAGGCUUCUUUUAGGUAAAGUGGGUCACUCUUUCUUCACUCCUUGAGAAAGAUGUGUCCCUCUUUCUGUACUCUUUGGGUGAGAUGUGUCCCUCUCUCUGUACUCUUUGGGUGAGUUGUGUCCCUCUCUCUGUACUCUUUGGGGUGAGACGUGUCCUCUCUCUGUACUCUUUGGGUGAGAUGUAUCCCUCUCUCUGUACUCUUUGGGUGAGAUGUGUCCCUCUUUUUGUACUCUUUGGGUGAGAUGUGUCUUUCUAUCUGCUCUCUUUGGGUCAGUGUAUCCCUCUCUCUGUACUCUUUGGGGUGAGAUGUGUCCUCUCUCUGUACUCUUUGGGUGAGAUGUGUCCCUCUCUCUGUACUCUUUGGGUGAGAUGUGUCCCUCUCUCUGUACUCUUUGGGUGAGAUGUGUCCCUCUCUCUGUACUCUUUGGGUGAGAUGUGUCCCUCUUUUUGUACUCUUUGGGUGAGAUGUGUCUUUCUAUCUGCUCUCUUUGGGUGAGAUGUGUCCCUCUCUCUGUACUCUUUGGGGUGAGAUGUGUCCUCUCUCUGUACUCUUCGGGUGAGAUGUGUCCCUCUCUCUGUACUCUUUGGGUGAGGUGUGUCCCUCUCUCUGUACUCUUUGGGUGAAAUAUGUCCCUCUCUCUGUACUCUUUGGGUGAGAUGUGUCCCUCUCUCUGUACUCUUCGGGUGAGAUGUGUCCCUCUCUCUGUACUCUUUGGGUGAGAUGUGUCCCUUCUCUCUGUACUCUUUGGGUGAGAUAUGUCCCUCUCUCUGUACUCUUUGGGUGAGAAUGUGUCCCUCUCUCUUUUGGGUGAGAUGUGUCUUUGGGUGAGAUGUGUCCCUCUCUGUACUCUUUGGGUGAGAUGUGUCCCUCUCUCUGUACUCUUUGGGUGAGAUGUGUGUCCUCUCUCUGUACUCUUUUGGGUGAGAUGUGUCCCUCUCUGUACUCUUUGGGUGGAUGUGAGAUGUGAGAUGUGUCCCUCUCUGUACUCUGUAGAUGUGUCCCUCUCUUUUUGGGUCAGUGUGUCCCUCUCUCUGUAGAUGUGUCUCUUUGGGUGAGAUGUGUCCCUCUCUCUGUACUCUUUGGGUGAGAUGUGUCCCUCUCUCUGUACUCUUUGGGUGAGAUGUGUCCUUCUCUCUGUACUCUUUGGGUGAGAUGUGUCCCUCUCUCUGUACUCUUUGGGUGAGAUGUGUCCCUCUCUCUGUACUCUUUGGGUCAGUGUGUCCCUCUCUCUGUACUCUUUGGGUGAGAUGUGUCCCUCUCUCUGUACUCUUUGGGUGAGAUGUGUCCCUCUCUCUGUACUCUUUGGCGUAGAUGUGUCCCUCUCUCUGUACUCUUUGGGUGAGAUGUGUCCCUCUCUCUGUACUCUUUGGGUGAGAUGUGUCCCUCUUUUUGUACUCUUUGGGUGAGAUGUGUCUUUCUAUCUGCUCUCUUUGGGUCAGUGUAUCCCUCUCUCUGUACUCUUUGGGGUGAGAUGUGUCCUCUCUCUGUACUCUUUAGGUGAGAUGUGUCCCUCUCUCUGUACUCUUUGGGUGAGAUGUGUUCCUCUCUCUGUACUCUUUGGGUGAGAUGUGUCCCUCUCUCUGUACUCUUUGGGUGAGAUGUGUCCCUCUCUCUGUACUCUUUGGGUGAGAUGUGUCCCUCUCUCUGUACUCUUUGGGUCAGUGUAUCCCUCUCUCUGUACUCUUUGGGUGAGAUGUGUCCCUCUCUCUGUACUCUUUGGGUGAGAUGUGUCCCUCUCUCUAUACUCUUUGGGUGAGAUGUGUCCUUCUCUCUGUACUCUUUGGGUGAGAUGUGUCCCUCUCUCUGUACUCUUUGGGUGAGAUGUGUCCCUCUCUCUGUACUCUUUGGGUGAGUGUCUCCCUCUCUGUACUCUUUGGGUGAGAUGUGUCCCUCUCUCUGUACUCUUUGGGUGAGAUGUGUCCCUCUCUCUGUACUCUUUGGGUGAGAUGUGUCCCUCUCUCUGUACUCUUUGGGUGAGAUGUGUCCCUCUCUCUGUACUCUUUGGGUGAGAUGUGUCCCUCUCUCUGUACUCUUUGGCGUAGAUGUGUCCCUCUCUCUGUACUCUUUGGGUGAGAUGUGUCCCUCUCUCUGUACUCUUUGGGUGAGAUGUGUCCCUCUUUUUGUACUCUUUGGGUGAGAUGUGUCUUUCUAUCUGCUCUCUUUGGGUCAGUGUAUCCCUCUCUCUGUACUCUUUGGGGUGAGAUGUGUCCUCUCUCUGUACUCUUCAGGUGAGAUGUGUCCCUCUCUCUGUACUCUUUGGGUGAGAUGUGUCCCUCUCUCUGUACUCUUUGUGGUGAGACAUGUCCUCUCUCUGUACUUUUUAAGCAAGAUGUGUCCCUCUCUCUGCACUCUUUACGUAAGAUGUGUCCCUCUUUCUGACUCUUUGGGUGAGAUGUGUCCCUCUCUUUUUACUCUUUGGGUGAGAUGUGUCCCUCAGUUGCUACUGUAAUUCUCUUGUUAAUGAGGUGAAAAUGUUACAACACCGUGACAAACUUCACUUUUAUUUGAUCAGAAAUAUCACCAAUGCCAGUCCUUUCAGAAAACACUUGUCAUCGUAUCUUUCUUUUUUUUAAUUAAUUUGCAGAAUCCAAGGUUUCCUAUGAAACCCACUGUAAUGUGAUAGACUGUUGUGAGAAGCCAGGACAUGAUGGACGCUCAAGGAAAGUGUGGCAAGUAACAGACCUAAAAGAUAACACUGAAGAAUUUGAAUCUGUUAUAAUCACAAUUCCAGUCCCUCAACUGCUUGGGUUAAAGGGUUCAAUUCAAGAUUUUAUAGAAAGUAAAAGACUUUCCUUGGAAAAUGUUGAAUAUUCAUCACGCUUUGCUGUGGGGUUGUACUUUGAUGUGGGAUCUAAAAUAAAUGUAGCAUGGACUUGUAAGUACGUGAUUGGAGACCCAAACUUGGCCUUUUUGUCUGUUGACACCCGGAAAAGAUUCAAUAAAGGUAGGUUUUUACGUUGAAGGUUAAAAGGUUAAAGGCAAUUGUUUAUAGUGGAAAGAGCACUUAGCUUAUCCAGCUAGUUUACAGGCACUCCACUCAAAUUAUUCAAUUAUAACAUAAUAGGGUUUAAAAACACACACACACACAACUGGACAACUGGCAGGAGGCAACCAGUUAGUUAUGUACAAGAGUGGCCAAGUACUUGAACUUGGGACAACCAAGAACAAAUCCAGCAAGUGGUCAGAGCAGGACUCAAACGCGGGACCAUCAGAUUUUGAGUCCAACGCCCUGACCACUCAGUCGUGCUGCCUGUUUACUGUGCAGGCAUUGCCGAAACAAUCGCUGUUGAUUGUACUGACAUAUCCUUAGUUCAACAAUCUGACAAAAAGUAAGCAGAUCUCUGAAUAUAUACAUUCAGCCCUAAGAAAAUUUGAGGACGGUAAAUUUUAAUAGUACCUAGUUGUUUGCCUUUCCUAGGGUGUAAAGUUAUUUUAAUUAGUUGUUGUACAAAUAAGAAUUAAGAAGUCACAUGCAAUAAAGCGAAUCAAAGAUACAGUGAUUUCCCUGUGAUGCUGGCAACGUAAAGACCAGUAUCUCUUGGAAAUUUAGGCUUAGUUUGAUUACAAUGUUAUAUUAUCUCCGCUUAUCAGAUCCAACAGACACUGGCUCAUCUCUCUUAAUACAUUCAUCCAAGUCGUUCAGCUUAAAGCACUGGGACACAGAUCAGGAAGCUGUCAGGAACCUACUCAUAUCACAUGCAAGAGAACUUAUCCCUGACCUUCCUCACCCUAUAGAUAGUCGCUGUCUAAGAUGGAGAUAUUCACAAGUGGUCCGUAGAUUUGAGGGAGCUCCUGGUUGUUUAAUAUUGUCUUCCUCACCUUUACUGAUUGCUUGUGGUGAUGCAUUCACACACACAAAUUUUGAUGGCUGCAUCAGCUCAGCCCAGUCUGUUGCAAAAACAUUUAGUCUUUGAAACAUGGAAUUUCAAACGUACAAACCAUAUUUGUGCACAUUGUUUUCCAUACAUUUUGUUGCAAUACUCAUGACAAGAAUAGACUUUAUUGUUCCAAAAUCAUGGCAAAAGUUUAGCUAGUUAGCAUUCUAUGCCUCAAUUGCAUCUGCUGAAUUUGUUACCUAUAUACAGCUAUUUCGAGAAAGGCUGUCGGAAAAAAAGGGCACGCGACAACCCCGAAAGGUAGUAUGGGAUAUGUUCAAUACACUGUUCCUGACACUGUAGCUGUCGAACCUACUUUUGUUGCUUUUCUUUAGCACUCAAAGACAUAUGUCCAUGACCUCUCCUGCCAUUCUUUCAAAUUUCUGUGAAAAACAGUGCACUCAAAACCAUCUACAAUACCUUUCGGGCUUGUCACAUGUACUUCAUCCGCCAACCUUUCUCGAAAUAGCUGUAUAUUUGAUGCCUAUUAACAUUCAUUGACCAACUGGAGAGUGACACCAGUCUUCCAAGACAGGAUCUUGCAUCUGUGACUGUCAUGGGUUACAGAUGGGAAUAAGACAGACUAAUCUUAUCAAAUUGGCAUGGGUGCACCUGAAAUAGAUACUAGAUAGAAGAGCCAGUUAACGUGAAGACAAAUGAAAAUUUAUUAUCCCUGGAGGUAAUGAUAACAAAAUUAAAUGUACUUAGCAAAAUUGUUCUGAGUGUAAAUGGUUAUUAGUUACUUUAUGUUCUCCUCUAACUGUUUUUUUGUUCUCCUAUGCCCCUUUAUUUCAAGCUCCUGUAACACGGCCUUGUUUGGUCUUUCCAUGCACUUACAAAUUUGUAGGGAGACGGAGUUAGAUCUACCUAAAGAAGUUAAAGACGAUUAGUUCUUGUUCUGUUAUUCAGGAUGAGGCCAAAAUAGUGGAAAGUUCAAAAGUGUGUAUUGAAAUAAACUCUUCCUCGCUGGAACUUGUAAAUUCAAGGAUGCAGAACAGUUAAUCUGACUCAGUCCAGUUUUUUCCCCAAAUUUCCUGUAUACAUAAUAUAAAACUAGAAAAUUACAGACUGAGAGAAUACCAAAUAAUUUAAAGGGGAAAGACUGCAAAUAGUAAAUUGUUGUUGCUGGAAAUAUCUGAAUGACAUUACAGUUCAUCAGGAGAGUUACAGUCUUCACUCUGGUGUCAUAUACCGAUAUUCAGUUUUUUCCAAAGACAAAUGAUUCAUGGGAAGAUUAUACCAACAGUGCACUGUUCAUGUCUGACUUUCAAAUUUAAAUUCACUUUAUGUAACUUAAUUGUGUCUUGCAAGUCAUAUAAACAUGCAAAGUCUAGCAAAAUAAUGUUCAGACAAUUUGGCGACAUCAUGACACCAUUAUCAAGGAUUGGAAAUAGAUGCGAGUUCAAAAGGAGUUA